AUCAACUGUACCAUCGAUCCACCCUCAAAUCAAAAGAGAAAUAAUUCAUGCUUGGGGAGGGCAUUCUACGUUGCCGUUUGCUCCGCUUCAAAACGAUGGCCAGCCCCAGCAAAGAUAAUUUGGACAGAAAACGGGACUUUUCGUCAGAAUACACUCACGUAGACUGCACUCGAUACUACCAAGAGUUGAUGAAGAACGGACAGUUGGUGGAACGAAACGAGUUUAUAGCCAAGCACUGCGAAAGAAAUCUACUCCCUAUCUUCGAGAAAUGGGCUACAGCUCUGAAAAAGCCCCUGAAGUUCCUGGACGUACUCUGCUGCUAUGGAAAUGAUACACUAUCAUACACCAAUGCCUACUAUCAAGAGGACUUUGCAAAAACGUGGGCAUCUGAGACGACGUGUUAUCAGCUUAUCAAGCCCAGAACAUUUCCAGUAGAGACUGUUGGCGUAGAUGUAAGUGCAUCGGCUCUUGAGUUUGGAAAAAAGGCCGGUAUAUUCGACGAGAUUAUAAAAGUGGAUCUAAAUGCCCUAUCCGAAUCUGAAAGCCACCGAUUGCGAACAAAAUGUGAGAGUGCGAAUAUUCUGCAUAUUAACUCUACCACUUACCUCAAUGAAGAAGUAAUUCAUCAGAUAAUUGACUGGUUUGCAGCUGGAAAAGAGCCAGGGUUGAUUGCCUACCCUCUCGUAUAUCCCUUCGAGGGGCGCGAGCGCAAAUAUCGACCCGACUGGUUCUGGGGUCACUUGAGUGUGGACGAGGCAGAACUGCUGCUGAUCAAUAGAGACAAUGGUCUGUUUCUGCCCGACUGGUUCUGGGGUCACUUGAGUGUGGACGAGGCAGAACUGCUGCUGAUCAAUAUAGACAAUGGUCUGUUUCUGGUACGGGAAAGUGCGAGUAAUCCGCACACUGCUUUCAGUCUCUCCUUUAGAUGUCAAAUGCAGACACACCAUACACGCAUAGAGAUCAAACAGGGUAAGAGCAGCACAAGAGAGCAUGAGAUAUGA